AUGGAGUUGAAUAUCAAAAAUCCCGAAAGCGAGCCCGAAGAGGAUUUUGAAGCAGCAUCACAACUCCAUAUCCCCAAUGUUCGAGUUGUGAACUUGAUCUUGGACAAUUCCUCAUUUAUUCGAGGUUUUGGAAAUAUCAAGCGAUGGUUUGACCAAAAAUACAUCAAGUCUCAGCUCAUGCCAGAAGGCAAAGAACCUAAAGAAAGCAUCCAGUUGAACAUUUAUAUUCCUUCUUAUACUUUGCAUGAGUUGGAGUUCUUGAGAAAGGGUUCUUCACUGCUGGCCACAAAUGCACGUAAAGCUCUUGCGUUUAUUGACCAAAUCUUCGACAAUGAAGACUCACAAGGAUCUUUUAAGUCAAACUUUGUUGAAGGAGUCGAACUAGAGAAAUCUAAUGAUUCAGUGGGCCACACGCCUCUUCGAUACAAUGUUUACAUUGAGUACAGAGAUGCAUCUUUUCCAACUUGGAACAAGUGCUUGCCUUUCAAAUUGUAUGAUUUGCAUGUUGACGACUUCCCGAACCAUCAAGCAAAGUUCUCCUCUAAUGAGAUGUUGGGGAGCCUGACUUUUGAUCCAGACGCACAGGCAGAGUCUUCAGAAGGUCCAAUACAAACUCCAACAAGACUAAGACACUUGAUCAGGUCUUGUGUGUUCAAGAGAUUCAUAGAAGCAGGUGGAAAGAGUGCUUCUGAACAUGAGCAGUGGAAAUUGAUUACCGAAGAUAUAGUAACUAGAUUUUGGACCAACAGUUACGGAAUUGACUGUUUGAACGUCAAUGAGGCCGAAUUACUCAUUUUCCAAUCAAUGGACAUUACAAGCUUUAAUGUAAUGACUGAGGGUCAAAACUUCAACUCAGAACAUGACGUUUAUGAUCAGCCAGAUAAAGGAAUACUACACCAGAGAAUUGAUACAACUGCUUACGAAUAUCACAAAAUGUCUGAGCAAUUAUCUGCUCUUCAGGAACUGACGGAAGCAGAGGCUGUAGGAGCUUCGGCUAAGUCUCAAUCGAGGAAAAAGAAGUCAAGAAACAAGAAAAGGGAGACGACUCCGCCAAUAGUCCCUUCCGAUGCAAAGGGAGAUGACAUCAAAAGAGAGGAGUUUGAGAAAAUAAACUUUGCACCUCGAGUAAAAGGAAAGUUGUGGGUCCCCCCUCUGAAUAAAAGCAAGAAAAGAUCUUGA